AGGUGACGUCAGCUGGCCGCAGCAUCAGAGCUUCCUCUGCUGAUGUGCGCAAAGUGAAAGAAGCUACAUGAUGCUCCCUAUUCCUCCUGCUGGACUUAUUUUAAUGUUAGCUUGGAUUUAUCCAAGUUACGCGCUCUAUUUCCACAUAGGAGAGACCGAGAAAAAAUGCUUCAUUGAAGAAAUUCCAGACGAGACCAUGGUUAUUGGAAAGUACAGGACUCAGCUGUGGGACAAGCAGACAAAUUCCUUCCUCCCAUCCACCCCUGGCCUUGGAAUGCAUGUGGAGAUCAAGGAUCCAGAUACAAAGAUAAUCCUCUCUCGUCAAUAUGGGUCAGACGGACGGUUCACCUUCACUUCCCAUACUCCUGGAGAACAUCAGAUUUGUUUGCACUCCAACUCCACCAAGAUGGCUCUGUUUGCAGGAGGAAAACUGAGAGUGCAUCUGGAUAUUCAGGUUGGAGAACAUACCAACAACUACCCUGAAAUAGCAGCUAAGGACAAACUCACUGAGCUGCAGCUGCGAGUCCGACAGCUGCUGGACCAAGUCGAACAGAUCCAGAAGGAGCAAAACUACCAGAGGUAUCGCGAGGAGCGGUUUCGCAUGACGAGUGAGAGCACCAACCAGCGUGUUCUGUGGUGGUCCAUCGCUCAGACACUCAUCCUCAUUGUCACCGGCAUUUGGCAAAUGAAGCACCUCAAAAGCUUCUUUGAAGCCAAGAAACUGGUGUAAUGUCUGUCUGAGCAACGGCAGCAUUGGGAAACAACUUAAACAUGAGUAGACAGACUUUACUGACCGAAAUGAAGAGACGCCCACUGCAGUGCAGAAACAUCCAGGAGGAGACGUGGUCUUAAUAACAGCCAUAAAUGGUACGGGCUAAUUUACAGAGGCAGUUAUCAAUCCUGGGCAAAUGAAUUUCUUCUUGUAAAUGUUUUUGUUUAUUGUUAUUUUUCCGUUAGCAACAACAUUCCAACUGCCUUUCUUGUUGUGUUUGUUGUGUUUUCUUGACAACACUGGACAUGUCAUUUUUCUGUUUUCCUGUUCAAGUGAACCUAGAUUGUUUUAUGGUGACACCAGAGUGAACAGCCACUGCAAUAGAUAUGUUACAAGUAGUAACUGAGUAGUUUAUUGAUACAUGGUUUUAUGUAGGCCAUUUUUUGCCAUUGUCAUUGUUGCACGUAUUUUUUCCAGGUUUUGUAACUUCUAACUGUAGGCUUUCAGCUGCUUUCAUUAAGUGGUUACACUUAUGCAGAUAUUAUACCUGCCUUGAUUCCUUACAUGUCAGUUUGAUAACACCUCAGUUAAACCCUUAUAUCUAGCAUGUAUAAGCAGUAUAUAAACAUAUACAGUAAUAUAGUUGUAAGCAGUGUUGAGGACAUUUUUGUGUUUAAUAAUGUAUUGCCUCACAAGACAGCAUUCAUAACUGGUCAGUAAACCAUUAACUAAUCAUUAAUAUCACAGUAUAACAAAGCUUUAACUUAACACACAAGAUUCCUCAAUGUGUUAUAAAACAUUUAUUAAUGAUUUCUAAACAAAAACAAAUCAUUCACAAGCAGGUUUAAAACUGUUUACAAAUGUCUUCAGAUCUUUUGAAGACAUGUUGAGCUUCAAGGUUCAUCCGUGAUUUUAGAAUUUGUGAUUUGACAGAGUUCUUAAAGGAGCUGCAUGCGAUAUUCAGAUCAUAUAUGAUUCAUAGUCUGAGCUGGGAUUGUCUGCACACGGCUCUCAACAUGGAGGCAGCUGAGACAGCAGCUAACAAAGCUAACUGCACAAACAGUGCUAACAAUGGCAACAGUGCUGACAGAGCUGAUGGUGUAAAUGUGGGGUUGAACCACAGAGUGGGCAGUAACCACUGCAAUAUGAACGAUCCUCAAGGAACAGUUCUGGGUCAGUCAAAUUAUGCUAUAGGGCCCAAAAAUACUUAUUUCCAUGGACUGAUAUUGUGAAAGAGACGUCUGUAAAUCAUCUGUGGAUACAUUUUUGACCGACUCGUUUCACCAUCAGAAUUUGACCCAUUCGGUCCAAUAAAAUUUCGAAAUUGAAAAUUGAUUGAAUCAUUUUUAACUAAAAGUUAGCUGUUCGGUUGGUGGAAUUCUCUGGUGCUUUUUCUCUAUGGGCCCAAUAAUGCAGGAGCUCUUGUUAAUUUUAUACCUUGGAAGCUGAACUUUUUUGUGUCAUGUGCCACUGAGCAGCUUUCAUAAGAACGAACAGGACCUGGCCUACAACGCUGUAUCCUGUUCUCGUUAUACAUUCAUGGUUCGAGGGCAGUGCGGAGCGGCAGCGUUCAGUUUGUCAGUGGGAUAUACACACACACUACACUAACAUGCACAUUUGGCCUCACUGUCUACCACAACAAAGAACCGAGAAACUCGGAUUACACUACACACAGAGGUAGCUUGGCUUCAUUCUCUGCUCAGGAUGCCAUUACUCCAGUGUAUCUUUACACAGCAAAUGGUUUGCUGCUGUAUUAAUGUUCUGAAUGUCACAUACAGCAUCUUUAACUUAAGGGCUACUCACUAGUUUUCUUCAAAAGAUUUCAGCCUCAUCUUGUUGCCUUCAUCAGCUAAUAGAGUAGGGUCAGAUGUGUUGAAGGAUAAAGAUGGUAUAUUUACAGAUAAAUAAC